AAAACCCCAAAAGGAAGGAGCAAGAGACGGUGAGAGACACAGGGACAGGAGACUGCGGGAGGCUUCAUUCCAGCCAGGCAACUGACAGGAGAGAUUGUACCGAUUUCUCACGUCGGGCUGACCACUGGGGAAUAAAAAGUCCGUCAGUCUCACGUCGUUGCACUGGGAGAUUUUUUUUGCCACGUGUUGAAAAGGUAUAUUUUCAUCAUGAAGCUGCUUCUGGAGGAAAUGCAGUUCUGCCAAAUUCAUUGUGGAACUACAAGCUGAAAAGAAUCUUUCAUAACAUAAAUCUUCUGUUUUGCAAACAAAACCUACAGAGCCUGCCUUUAUUAUUUUGAGUGGGGGAGGAGAACAAACAUUUUAUAAACUUGUUAAUAUUUGAAACCAGAAAACAAGGUGAAACGUUAUGAUAUCUGGAAGAUUGUGAAUUCGCUAUGUCUAACUCUAUGGAACAGAAAGAGCUGGGCCCCCUUUACCAUGCCAAUGGAAAUGCCUAUCCGGUCGUUGGCAGCCCUGAUGAAUUUGCCAUUUCUGUAACUCCUAAUUCCUCCAAGGAACUGGUGGAAACCUCAGACUAUUUAACAGAAGAGAGAGAACAGGGUGAAAGGGUAGAGACUGUAGUGAGAGACUCUCGUGCCAAUGCCAAAGGUUUAAGGGAAGAAGAUGCCCUUCUGGAGAAUGGCAGCCAAAGUAUUGAUAGCGAUGAUAUCAGCACUGACCCAACUCGGGGUCAUGAUACCCUUAAAGAGACUUCUUUCUCUAUAGGACUGCAGGUUGUGUUCCCUUUCCUGCUGGCAGGCUUUGGGACAGUGGCAGCUGGAAUGGUCUUGGAUAUUGUACAGCACUGGAGUGUGUUUAAAGAGGUGACAGAAGUUUUCAUUCUUGUCCCUGCUUUGCUUGGUCUGAAGGGUAACUUGGAAAUGACCCUUGCCUCCAGACUCUCCACUGCGGCCAACAUUGGUCAGAUGGAUUCAGCUGCAGAGCAGUGGAAGAUGAUUACAGGAAAUCUGGCACUAAUUCAGGUCCAGGCCACUGUGGUUGGUUUUCUGGCAUCUGUGGCUGCGGUGGUGUUUGGUUGGAUCCCUGAGGGUCACUUCCGACUUGAUCAUGCUGUCCUCCUGUGUGCCAGCAGCAUGGCAACAGCUUUUAUAGCUUCCCUCAUAUUGGGGGUAAUCAUGGUCGGUGUAAUUAUUGGCUCAAGGAAGAUUGGUAUAAACCCUGAUAAUGUGGCCACUCCCAUUGCUGCUAGUCUUGGGGACCUCAUCACCUUGGCACUGCUCUCUGGAAUCAGCUGGGGUCUCUACAUACAGCUACAAGAACAUCCUUACAUCAACCCACUAGUGUGUGCUUUCUUUGUGGCUUUGACACCUCUGUGGAUCAUCAUAUCAAAGAAGAACCCAGCCACACGAGAGGUCUUAUACUCUGGUUGGGAGCCUGUUAUUAUCGCCAUGACAAUUAGCAGUGUUGGUGGACUGAUUUUGGAUAAAACAGUAUCUGAUCCAAAUUUUGCAGGGAUCGCUGUUUUCACUCCAGUUAUCAACGGUGUUGGUGGCAACUUGGUGGCAGUGCAAGCCAGCAGAAUUUCUACCUUCCUCCACCUCUCCAGUCUGCCUGGCGUGGCACCAGAAAACAUGCACAAAACCUGCCCAAGUCCUUGUCGCACUUUCUGUAGUUCAGAUUUGAAUUCAAGAUCCGCUCGGGUCUUGUUCCUUCUAGUUGUCCCCGGACACCUUGUCUUUCUAUACACUAUUAACUCAAUGCAGGGGGGACACACAACACUAACGCCAGUAUUUAUAGCGUUCUACAUGAUGGCUGCUUUAUUGCAAGUGCUAAUUCUGCUCUAUGUUGCUGAUUGGAUGAUUCAUUGGAUGUGGGGACGAGGAAUGGAUCCAGACAACUUCUCAAUUCCUUACUUGACAGCUUUGGGUGACCUGUUGGGAACAGGGUUCCUGGCACUCAGCUUCCACAUUCUCUGGCUGAUCGGUGAUCGAGAUGCAGAUGUCGGUGACUAGAAUGAAGGUUCCUUAUAAGACUGGGAGUAAAAUCAUCAAGUGCAAUUCAAUGAAGGAGACUUUAAUGAGAUUUUAUGCAAUGGAGACUGUAUCAUGUGCAGCCCAUGUGCAGCAACCAAUGGAGAUACCUGUAUACACUAUAAAUACUACUUAAUUAGGAGAUAUCAAGUUGGAAUCCCACCUGUGUGUUAACUGGAUUCUGCAGCAGAGCAACAUAUGGUAAACUGGAUACUAACUUCAGAACUGAAAGCUGCUAAUUCGAAAUGAAGGUGGUUAAUUUGUUUCUGUACUCUGAGAUGCAAACUGUUAAUUAGACACUGAGAAGUAUAUCCUUAAAUGCAAAGAACAAUCUGCCUGAGACAUCCUGUUUUCUCAGUUGGUCAUCCAUGAAGGGGUUUUCUGGAAUAACAGGGUGGGAUGUAUAUUUUACACUUUUUUAGAAAGGAAUAAUUAUGAAUUCAUUGAGCAUGAUCAAUGUCGCGGGUGCAUUGUGCAACUGUACUUCAUCUACAUUGCUGGAUGUGGAAGAAGUCUAUAAUGUAUCUAGCUUAUUUAUUUAUAUAUAAUAUAUAUAAUAUAAUAUAAAAUAUAUAACAUGUGUUAUAUACAAUAUAGUAUAUUAUAUAUAAGCUAUAUAUAAUGUUAUGUAUAUAUAAUGUGCAUGUAUAUAUACAUUUUCAUUGUCUGUUUGUUCGAAGCUGCCAGAUCUGAAGCAGGCAACACUUCGAAUCAAUUUGAUGCUCCUGAUAAAUUAUUUCCCUCAAAUCCACAUCUGACCAGUUGCCCAGCGUGGACCUAGUGUUAGGGUGGAUGGGGAACUCCCCAAAUGAUUAUAAUCACUUUUGUUCUGGCUUUACGUGGGUCAGCAUAAAGUUUGUGUCUUUUUAAAGGCACCCAACUCAUUGAUGCAAUAGCAGAAAAUAACCAGCUGCAGCUGGCUGGUUAAUCCAGGCCCAGGAUUUUGGGGAGAGAAAACAUAGCUGACUGAAAUGGGUUAAGCUGUAUUGUACAGUUGCAAAAUGGUUUGACUUCCUUUGUAAUCAAGAUAACUUAAUACACACCCCAUCACCCAAUGUGUUGAAUUGUAGGUUCUGAUAUAAAACAUUGAAUUUUAGGAUAUUACAUUUUUUAUUGUAAAAUUAUUUUGACGAUUGAUAAAUUAAACCAAUAAGUGCCAGCAUAAUGUUAACAUGCCUACUUCUCCGACUCUGAAGCCAGACUUUUCACUGGUAAUUUUGAAGAGAAUUGUGCUGUUAUCACAGUAGCUGCUUUUAAUAACAGUCAUGUCAUACAGCAUUUCUAUUGAUUGAAUUAUUUAAUUGCUAUUGUGCUCAUGAGUUCACAAUUGAUCUCAGAGGCCUUUUGUUUUAAAUAAAAUGAUAGGCCACUUUACUGAUUCAAUAAUUAAUCUUACCUGCCUUGGGCCGAACCAAGGACACAUUGUCACACAUUUUUUCUGUAACAUUUUUGAAAAAAGAAAACACAAAGCAGUCAUUCAGUGGAUCAGGACCGAGUUUGUUGCAAUUAGGGAGGUCCUCAACUUACGAACACUUAUACUUGUGAAGGAAAUCCCAUACAGGGGUGUAAUUUUAAAGAUCUGAUACACACAUGUUUCUCCAUGCUUACAGAUGGCUAUUUUAUAUUGGCCUGUAUUCUGUUCUGACUUGAGUACAAAUCAACUUGCAAACAGCCUCAAAAAUGGAACAGUUCACAACCCAAAGACUGUUUGUAGGUAUGUUGGUCACAAGGCCAAAAUGCGCAUGCCCCACCCAAUUCCCACAAUGUUGCUUUCAAUAGUUCAAAAUCUCAGCUAUAUCAGUCUUAAAUCCAUGUACGUAGUUGUCCAUUGAUAACUCAGCUGGUAGUCCAGCUGAGCCAAAAAAUAAUGUUUUGAUAAAGACAUAUAAAAGUCUGAAAAGCUUAUGCAUCUCAGUGUCUGCUAUACCAUUGUUGCUUAAAGGAACUGUCAGAGAGGAUCUCGGAUGCAUCCCUUUCUUUUUAAACAUCGCACUUUUUCCUUCCACAUCAUUAGGUUUUUAUAAAGGAUAUUAAUAAUUUUGUGGACUAGCCCAUGGAGUUUGAAAUAUAGUCUUAAGUUCCAUAACUUUUCUCCCCUCUUCCUUGUCCUUGCUUAUUGACAGUGCUGUUUAUAGAUCUUUUGUUUGAUUAUUUUGAUCAAGAUAGUAGAAUGGUACUGAUCUCAUCAGUGACCCCAGCAAUUUUUUUUGUCCUCUGUUAAUGUGCACUUGAAUGCGCAGAGUGUGAUUUCCCCCACCCCCACCCCCAUGCCCGCUAUCUCCUUUAGCCACUUGCACCCCUCUUCCUGGUGGGUCUGAAACCAAAACCUAGACUGCUUCCAAGAUAUUGUGCUUAAGCUUUUAAAAUGUUUAAAGAUUUGUAAAUCUUUACCCAAAAUCACACCACAGUUUCCAUGUAAUUACAUUAAAGUCACCCCUAAUUAAAAUUGAUCCAAGUUAAUCCAAUUUAAUGUUAAAAUACUUUAUGUAAUGUCAUUAAAAUCCUUACUGUGAAUAGCCCUUAUUGAUGUGUGAAUGUUGAAUGUUGGUGUAAAUUGGCUUGUGGAGCUGUGUGUGCCUCAGAUCCAGUUGACUGAGAAUUAUUCCAACCUACCUGAAAACCACAAUGCAUUAAUUGUUUGGACAUCAAUCUCGUUGCAGUCCAUCUUUUUGAGGAAAAUAUCAGAUGACUCUUAAUUAUUGCUACACACAAAGUCAUGGAACUUAGAAUCUAGAAUAUCCAUUCGAUUAAGUUGUUUUAUAUUAUCCACAGUCCCUGAGUAACCUGGACCCUUUUGCUUUUUAGAAAGAAUACAUUAAAUCAUGAUGGUUAUCUUCCCAUUUUCUCAAAGAAAUUACGUGUUUUCUGGUAAACUCAAAUGCUUUUCUUUGGUACAAAAAGUCUCAAGAAGUAUGUCCCUGGGCUUCAGUUUUCCCAAUAAGCAAUUAUACUGAGGAAUGCUAACAGUAUAUAAGUAUAUUAACAAUUCUUAAAUCUUUUUGAAAGAAUUGCAUCUAUACAAUGAAUGAUUGUGCAUGCUGUAUAAAAUGAACAAAUGGAGGUUUUAGUUGUAUUUUUGCAAGACCAGGAUACAUUUGAAAAUGUUUAGGCUUUCCUUUUUUUUAAACGGCUGUGUUUAAACAAGAGAAAAUUGCCAACUUAAUUCUGUGAUUCUUAUGUUCGAUGGUGACAGCUGAUUAAUCCAGGAUGAAGAAAAUCAGGACAAUUGCGCUGAAUCUGCUGGUUUGCCACUGCUGUUCCGGUCAAUUAGACCGACAAAAAAAGUGUAUUCAGUGCAAUCAUUGAGUCAGUCUUAAAACUAACACCCCACAGGGAAACAAGUUACGUUUGUUAUGUGUUCUGUUUUUUUGUCUGUCCUCUUGUCACUUUUCUUCUGUGGGAUGUAAUCUGUAAAAGUGUGACCGAAUCAGAAUAUUUGUACUAAGAGCAAACUACAUUUGUUUUGUCCUAAUUUUAUUCUUGUACUGUGAAUGGAAUUUCUUCCAGAUCCAGCCCUGUUGUGCUCAGUGUUCUGAGACAUGUUUCCUGCACAGUAUAUCCAAAAUUAAUAUUUAUAUUCUAAAUUGCCAAGAUGUUGUGAACGUUUUGGGAGUCUGUAUUUGAUAAAAUAAAAUGUCAUACAAUGAUGAACUGCUUUUAUUUUAA